CAUACCAUCUUCCACCCAUCUCAUCAUUAGAUUCCAAGGAUUCCGUAACACCACCUACUCCCACCACCGUCUUCCCCUCCUAGUCCUCCCAUCCCGGCCGCCCAUCCCACUCCACUGAUCCCGAGGCAACUCUUGUCCACUAUAGAAACAGAAGCGAACAAAAAGAGAGAAUUGCGGCCCAACCUCGCGGCUCCACCGUCUCCGUUCCUUGAUUUAUACUAGUUUAUUUUGGAAGGUGGCGACUUCUUCAUCACGAUGUAGGAGAGCGGAGGGACUCGCAGUGUUGUCGGCAUCGGGAGUGGAAGCAUGGAGGAAGGGGUGGCGGAGGAGGGAGCGGUGUGCGCGAAAGUGAUGACGGACGAGCAGAUGGAGGUGCUGCGCAAGCAAAUCGCCGCCUACGCUACCAUCUGCGAACAGCUGGUGGAGAUGCACAGGGCCAUCGCGGCCCAGCAGGACUCGCUCUCAGGGAUGAGGCUCGGUAGUCUGUGCUCGGACCCCCUAAUGGCACCAGGAGUCGCUAAACUCUCUUCACGGCAGCGGUGGACGCCAACCCCGACGCAGCUGCAGAUUCUUGAAACCAUAUUCUACGAAGGCAACGGGACUCCAAGCAAGCAAAAGAUCAAGGAGAUCACCUCGGAGCUGUCGCAGCACGGCCAGAUCUCGGAGACGAACGUCUACAACUGGUUCCAGAAUCGGAGGGCGCGGUCGAAGAGGAAGAAGCAGCCAGGUGCAGGACCCAACGCUGCUGAAUCGGAAGCCGAGGUCGAAUCCCUGAACGAGAAGAAAGCCAAGGCACAUGGCAAUCUGUCUCCGACCGUCGAUGAUGGUCCGUUCCAGAGCCCCGAUAUCAGCUCCGAGUUGCGGUUUGCUGAUCCAGAAUCGAAUGGGAGUCAGAGCAUGUUUGCAUUAGGUGACAUAUCCAAGUAUGGUGAUGCGUUUUAGUGUGGUGAAAGUGUUGUGUCGUGCUGACAAUUGGAAGGAUAUUGUGAGGAACACGAAUCUAGAUGGUCGCAGUCCGGUUAUCUUUGUAAAGCAGAUUAGGUUGUCAUGCCAGGAUAUGUAUCUCAUGUUGCAAUCACACGGAGUUGGGAGUUGGCAGCAAGUCAAUUAAUGUCA